AUGGCCCUCGACUACGCCCGCGAUGCCUUCUGGCAAACGCUGGGCUACAUCGCAGAAGAGACGGAAAACGACCGCGAAUUGAGGACAGCCGGCAACUUCGCCGCCUUCGAAAAGACCAUGCCGCACAUCCCCAUCAGCCGUCUGCGCGACAUCUCGGUCGUCGACAACGUGUCGUCGUACCUGGGCAAGCGCAAUCCACUCGCGCGCCCCGUUGACCCUGACAAGCACGUCAUCUGGCUGCAGGACAACACGGCCUACCGCCCCAAAGACAAGAAGAACGUCUGGGAAGCCGAGUUCGUCUGCGCCUACUUCGUCAAGAACAGCGGCAAGGACUGGGGCCGCGUCGUCGCCGACAUCGCCGAGAAAGCAGGCCUGGGGUCGGGCCACGAGGCCGAGCGCACCAUCGCGCGGCGCCUGGAGCCGUGGAUGGACGCCAUCCUGCCCGCGCGCACUGUCAAGAUCCAAAUCGGCAACGACGACAGCGACGAGACGGCCAUCGAAACCCUCGGCCCCAGCGACCGCAGCGGCGUCAGCAAAACCCUCAUCCGCACCACCGGCCAUCACGCCGACGGCGACACCGUCACCUCGCGCGCGCUCCACCACGUCGGCACCCGCCACAUGACGACGACCUUCGCCGAGCCCACCGGCUGGGCCGUCCUCUCCGACGUCGACGACACGAUCAAAAUCACCCAGACCCCCUCCCCCACCGGCAUCCUCCGCAGCACCUUCGUCGACGAGCCGACGCCUGUCGCUGGCAUGCCGGAGCUCUACGCGCACAUCCAGCGCGCCCUCGCCCACCCGCCGUUCUGGUACCUCAGCGCGUCCCCGUACAACCUGUAUCCUUUCCUCCGCGAGUUCCGCGCGCAACACUACCCCGAUGGGCCCUUGUUGCUGCGCAACGCGUCGUGGAUGGACCUCGCCGGCUUCCUUAUCGCGCUGACGGCGGGGACGCAGGCGUACAAGACGGCGCGGAUGCGCGAGCUGCAUCGCAUGUUUCCGGGGAGGAAGUUCGUGCUUAUUGGGGAUAGCACGCAGAGCGAUCCUGAGGCGUAUGGGGAGGUGGCGCGAGAGUUUCCGGGGUGGGUGGGCGCGAUUUUUAUAAGGCGCGUUACGGGCGUUGCGGAGAUUGAUCGGACGAGUAAGAAUACGAAGGAGCGGUUUGAGAGGGCGUUUGAGGGGCUGGAGAAGGCGGGGGUGGUGUGGAGGGUGUUUGAUGAGCCGGGGGAGGUGUAUAGGGAGAUUGAGCGGUUGGUGGGGAGGUGA